AUGAUCUUACCUCAUCUCCUGUGUAUUUCCCUCGUGCUAUUUCCAGUCAUAGCUAUUGACACUAUCGCGAAAAUAAAACACGCCGUUUUCUCCAAUGUUACGGUUCCCAGUGGUCUCAGCAGCAUACUUUUCGUUGAUCUCCCUCCGGACUCUGCAUUUGUGGUUAUUCAAUUGCACAGUCCGUUUAACCCACUUUUGGUCUCAGUCUUGGAGUCUUUCGAUUACGGAGCCUCACAACAUUCGGAACAUUGCGGCUUGCUUAAGGAACUCCCAGCUAACUCCACAAAUGUGACUCUAUUCAUAUACUCUGAAUAUGAUAACAGUAUGCCUACUUGGGUGCGCGCUGACGCUUAUGCUACAGGCUAUCCCAUGCCUGGAGGAUGUGGACAAGUUUUGUUCAGCGGAGUUUCCAACGCUGCUCUCGCGACUGAGGUUAUGCAACUUCCUUGGUACCUAGUAAACCGAAAUGACUCUUGUCAGUCGCUGCGAUACUGGACAUCACUGCUCAAGUUUCCUCCAGCAGCAGCACCCGGAAAACAUAAUGGUUCAUCCGGUUGCCUUGCUGCCGACGACAGAAUUACCUAUUACUUAUACACCACACCACUUGUUACCGCGGGUGGUUUAUAUGGUACAUUUACUGAUCCGAAUUCCUAUGAAGUUUCUGGAAUCCUCGAUGUCAUGUCUUCUUGGGAUGUUAACCCUCAGAAAUUAGCUCACACAUUCAUCAUUAGAGCAUCAAUGUUGGACCAGAAGCAGCUACUGGAAGUGCCUAUCGCCCGACGGCCUGGCACAGCUGUAGUCCUCACGUUGGUUGCAGAGUUGCGUGAUCAGAGCAGACAAUCUCGUGUGGCUUAUGCGCCGGUUGUGCUCUACGGGUGUCCGGCUACUCCACCGAUCCACAGCGAAUUCGGCGUGGGACUGGUGGUGCGUAAUCAAAGUUGUCGUCUGUCCUGUGGCAUUCUCCCCACAAAUUCACCUUCGAUCUACUUCCCCGUCGCUGUGCUCCUGUUAGCAAGCAUGUUCUACGCAUGCUCGUGCAAUUUGCUCAUUUGGCCACGUUGUGCCGCCAGCGUCAUGGUCAUGUCUUCUGUGUUAGGGACUAUCUUCUUCUAUCGUUAUUCCCUUCCGACGUCUGAUGCCAUACUGGUCCUUGCAAUCAGUGUUUUACUCCCUGGAUUGCUGGCGCUUGCAACGUUCAUCCUCAUCUGGUGUCUAUGCAUACGCCCAACACUACACUACCACAGAGUAUUCGGCCGUGGGCCUCUGAUGAAGAUCCAGGAACCGGAUACUACUCCAGGCACUAGCACUGUCAACGAACCUUGGAACACGGAACUGCUAGCUGGGACACCUACGGAAGUACAGGGGGCUGCGUUUUAUGUCGCGGAUAGUGACCCGCUCGUCGAUAAUUCUCUCGAACCUGUCUCCGAGGUGCCGAAUUGUGGUACCUUGGAACCUCUUUUAUCACACAGUAACUCGUCAACCGCACAUGUAUGCCAAGCAGAUAUGGAGCAGACGCAGUUGGAAAAUGACCGUUCUCCAUUUUGCCCCUGUUGCUCAAGUCAGCACAACUCACAGUACGACUGCGCGGGAUGCAGAGCAAGGCGAUCGACUCGUGUGUUCAGCUUAAGGCCGCGCCGGAUAGCGCGACUUCCUCCGGUACUUCCAGCUGUAUUCCUAUUCGUCGCUUUGUUGUCGGUGCUUUUGGGUCAACUGUUCUCCUUGAACGAUUCGCCUGCAUCCUACCUGUCGUUCGUAAUCCUUAUGGGUCUGUUCAUUCUGUGCCCACUGUGCGUGUUCAAGAAUCUUGCGUUCGGUCUUUCCACUGCCUUUGUUGGUGUCUAUCUCAGCCUUGGAUGUGUGUGCCUUUUCCUUAUCCCCAACGCCUUUAUGCCGCACAUCCUGAUUGAACAGUUUUUACGGCUCACUUGGAUUGAGCACCGACUGGCUGUUCUGCAAUUUAACGCCGUCGGUCUUUACGACUUGCUAAUAUUUGCAACGUGGAUCAUUGGCACAACAAUUUUCGGGCUCCUAACGCUUUGUUUGAUUCGACUCCAAGAUGCACGUGAACUUUCAGAGGCUCAGCGCGGACGUUUAUUAAAUCCAAACUCACAAUACCAAACCACUGGGGGUGCGGGUAACAUCCACGCUAGCAGUUCAUUUUUGUGGAACGACGGAGCCGGUGUGUCUCGCCCGACGCGAGUUUUGGGCAAUCGGCUUGCUCCGAUUGGUGGAGCAACUGGCGCUGAUUCUGGCCUCAUCGGGGGGAUCACUCCAGUGACUGGUUCGCUUGCACUUGGAACCACUGAUUGUGCGGACAGUGCAGGUCGAUUGAAUUCGAAAAGUGUCCCCUCAACGAGCCGCCCAUUUUCCGAACGUUCACAGCUGUUGUCUGCUGCUCCUCGGAUAUCUUAUGGUGGUCUUGCCAAUACCGCACAACCGUCGUUGAUGCCACUGAGUCGAGUCCAGUUGGCUUGUGGAACAGGAGUUGGGAAUCGCCUAUCAAGUAACAAAUUUCGGUACCCCGGCAGCCAGAGUCAACCUUCACUGACGACACCGCUGAGAAUGGCAUCGAAUACUGACGACACAGCUGGGAACAGCACCGAACAGCCACGGUGACAAUUUACUUGCUCCUCGCGAUCAGAUUUACUAUUUCCUCUGGGACUGACUUGACUUUCUUUGGUUGACAUCCUAACCGGAUCAGUGAUUUGAUUUGUAUUCACUAUUAUCACUGAAUGUAGUUGUUUUCCACUCCCA